AUGGCUGUCAAGCCUCUUCAACAACGGGUGCUCUCCGCACCCUUGCCCUUGAUCUUACUCUCAGCCACCAAGCCUCGCCACCUCGGACAUCUCCUUGCCUCUAGGCAGCUCGCCGUAGCCUCAGACCCGCUCAGCUUGUCGCCUAGCCUGACUGUGUCCCCUAACCACUCUGGCAAAUCCCCUGCCCUUCACAGCUUCCUCUGA